GUGGAGAGAGAGGGUUUUCAAAAAAGCAGCUCUUCAUUCUAAAUUCCAACAUUAACAGAAGCUCUCAUCUCAAGUGGUCGUUUCGAUUUGUGAUCCUCUUCUUCCACUCUCGUUUCAGAAUGCUUGGAAUUCAAUUGUGUCUUCGAACAUCCUCUGGUUUUGGGGCUUUAAUUGAUCAGGAAAUUACCAAUCGUUCAUUCUCGAAUUCGCUGUGUUGCUCUUCAUUGCAAUCCUCAUUUAAAUUAGGUUUCAGAACCAGAAGAUCUCAUGGAGCGAAGUCCUUCAUCAUUUGCUGUAAGGCUGGAAGGUUUAGCGGGAAAUCUGAUAGUAACGAAGAACGCAAUGACGACUACCUUGAGGCGUUCAUCAUGGAUUCAGAAAUUUUUAAGCACCACCAGUUGCGUAAGCAAGGGUUUCUAGAAGAGACAGAAUGGCAAUCAUAUGGUCAAAUACUUCCUUAUCCUAUUCAUGAAAAGGGGUCCAAAGCUGAUGUUAGUUCGAUUAGGCAUGGAUUUCUUCAUCGUUUUCAGAGUCCGACAAUUUUUCUUAAGAUUGCUUGCAAUGGAGAGUGGUUUUUGCCGAUUAUUGUAGGGGAGUUUGCACUUGAAAAACUUAUAGAUGCUUUCAGGGGGAAUGAAAAUGGGGAUUCACUAAAUCACUACCAGUUUGUGAAAAACCUCAUAAGCAAACUUGGUUAUGAAGUAAAGAUGGUGCGGAUUACUGAAAGAGUUGUUAACACUUACUAUGCAAGGAUAUUUUUUGGCAAGCCAGGGGAAAAAGCUAUUCUUAGUGUGGAUGCGCGCCCAUCAGAUGCCAUUAAUGUGGCAAUGAGAUGCAAGGUCCCGAUUUAUGUUAGGAAGCAAAUUGUCUUGACUGACGCCAUUCGAGUUGUUUAUGGGAUGCAAAGAGGAAAUGGUGCGAAGGUAGUAUAUGAUGUAUCCCUCGACAGUGCUGUGGAGGGUCCUGAUACACUAACUGAAGAACUUGACCUGGUGAGGAAUAUGAAUAUAGCCGUGGCGGAGGAAAGAUACAACGAUGCAGCAUUGUUGAGAGACAAACUCACGAAGCUCCGUACAAUCACACAUGAUCUUUAACUUUUUUUUAUUAGGAAUUUUCUAGCAGAAGGGACAUCCCUGCUGAACUGAUGCAUCACUCAAAAUGAUGUUUUGUACAGGUUUUAUUUUUAGAUAAGAAUAUUGCUGCUAAUGUAAAUAUGAAGUUACAUAAUUGAUUUGUACUAAAUGUUGGACAAUUAAUCUUCUCUGAUACACAGAUUCAUACACACAUAAAAAGAACAGUAAUGGCAUUAUUGUACCUCCUUUCCUUA